AUGGGGUAUUUGUUUACUAACGAUGAAAGAUACCUUCAAGACCACGGUACGAUGAUAACGCAGCAGCAACUGACACUGGAGCAGCUGCAGCAGCAGCAGCAGCUGCUGCAGCAGCACCAGCAGAUGGGUAUAGGCCCCGACGGCCGCCCGCUGCAGCAGCCAACGCAUGCAGAGCGCGCGCAGCAAAUGCUGCAGCAGAUGCAGAACCAAAUGUCUACUCUCUGGUCCUCCAAAGACAAAAAAAAACCUGUUUAUAGUGCAUUGAACUUUGACACGAUUGACGCUAUGUUUGACUCGGAUCUUCGCGAGCUGCAGCGGGGCAGCACGAAGCAGCAGCAGCAGCAGCAGCAGCAGCAGCUGCCGCUGCAGCUGGGGAGCUCUCCCCCCUCAUCAGGAGCGCAGCAGAGAACCACGCUGCAGCAGCAGCAGCAGCAGCAGCAGCAGCAGAUGAGGCAGCAGCAGCAACCCAUGAGACAGCAGCAAGCCACUGGCCGCCUCUCAAACGGACCGACAUCUACCCCUACGCCAGCCGUUGGUGCGACGGGGUUGCCGCCUAGCGGCAGCAGUUUGCUGCAGCAGCCUGCUGCUCCUCCCCCUCCUUCUCAAGACGGCAGACCACCCAACGCGCGGCACCUCUUCGAGCGCCCAGUUAUGUUUCAGACAGUCGGUGCUGCAGCAGCAGCAGCAGCAGCUGCAGCAGCAGCAGCUGCAGCAGCUGCAGCAGCAGCAGCAGCAGCAGCGGCUGCUGCUGCUGCUGCUGCUAUUUGGCUUAUGUUUGCUGCUGCGGCCCCUGGUGAAGGCUGA